UCACGUGACCCGCACGGCCCGGGUCGCUGUAGGGGCGCGAGCCGCGGGACUGGAGUCUGAGCGCGGAGACCGGAGAGAGCAGAAGCUGCCCCGGCGUCCGACCCGCGCGCUCACCAUGGCGAUGCAUUUCGUCUUCUCAGAUAAGGUCAUGCUCCUGUUUGAUUUCUGGUGUGUUCACAGUCCUGCAGGCAUGGCACUCUCGGUGCUGGUAGUCCUGCUCUUGGCUGUAUUGUACGAAGGCAUCAAGGUUGGCAAAGCCAAGCUCCUCUACCACACUCUGGCGAGCCUGCACAUGCCUGCCAGCCAGGAGCUCAUCUUGGCGAGAGAGCGGGAUUCUGUAGACUCGGACUCACUCUCUGUCAGCAGAACACCCCUCAGGUGGUUUCUGUGUCAUUUGGGCCAGUCUCUAGUCCAUGUCAUUCAAGUGGUCAUCGGCUACUUCAUGAUGUUGGCUGUAAUGUCCUACAAUGCCUGGAUUUUCCUUGGUGUGGUCCUGGGCUCAGCUGUGGGCUACUACCUAGUAUUCCCACUUCUCGGCAAGGUUUAGCUGGCAGAGGACGAGCAGGCCUUGAGGGCUGGUGGGAGCCAGAACCCCCUCUUCUACACAUUAUACUUUCAGCUGUGUUUUCAUCUGCCCAGCUCCUGGCAACUGUGGGCAGAAGGCAGCACUCACUCCCUGGAGUUUGGAGGGUACUGCAGCUGUUCCCUCCUCAGCCAGCCUGAGCGGGGCCCAGCUUAGUGUGGCGCCUGAGGGCUGCUCUGACCGGGGCAGGUGGAGGAGGCAGAGCCUACGGCCGAUGAUGCAGCGCUGUGACUCAACCUUAUUUCCAAAGAUCUUCAGGACAGAAAUGGGCUCUGGGUGACAGUGGCCAUGACACCUGGACACCCUGCGUCUUGCUCUGUGCCUUAUCUAUAGGAACAUCUUUCACUGAGCUGUCUUUGGGGGUCAGAGACCACCCUAGCUCCUUUUUCUCACCUUCCUGCCUUUGAACACAUGAAGAUUGUCUCUUCAGUGGAUCAUGUGGACCAAGAUUUUUCAUUUUCCUGUUGGACUUCUGGUUGGCAAUUUUGCACAUUCAUACAAAACAAAAAUUGUAAUGGAAUUAUUGUAUUUUAUACCGGCUGGAUGGCAGCAUCUGCUGAGGCCUAUCUCCCUCUCUUGAGGGGAGAAUAAGCACUAACUGAUUAAAGGCAGACUCAGGAGUUAGCAAGGCUCUGGCUUGUCGUCUGAAUAGAAUGAGCUUCUGCCAUCAGAUGGCACUGCCUGCACAGGAGGUCAGUCUUUGGCCCAUGUGUCUGGGUGAGUAUCCCCCACCCUUAUCCAGAUACUCUUUAAUGCAGAACAGCGAACUGCAUUUAACACUGUUCAGUGCUUAAUGCACUUUAUUACUCACUGCCCACUUGUAAUGAUCUGCUGGGGACAUGAUUCAGUCACUGAUUAAGCUGUAGUGAUGGGGGCGGGGGGAUUGAAUGAGGAUGCGGGAAGCAGUCAGACCAAAGGUGAUGCCCUUUUAGAAUUAGAUGGACUCUGGAUGUUUGAACUUCUUCACUUCACAGAAAAGGAGAGACCCAGGGAGAGAAAACCACUGCUAUAUACUGUAAUAUCUAUGCUUAAGUACCUCAUGGGCUAGAUGAAAAGAUGCUCUUAAGGUUUGGGAGUUAAAACAAAUACAUUUUAAUAAAUAUAUAUUUUUGAACAGUC